AUGAAAUUAUAUUGGAGCAAUGAAACAGCGGAACUAAAACAAGCAGUAGAAUUAAUUACAUCCUGGAAAGCAAGGUCGGGACAAUCGGUACACAUGGCAGCUGAAAUGACAGAAAUGUUACUAAGAGCAGUGAUAAUGGAUAGACACACAGCAGAUAACGACUGGAUGGAAAAAGGCAAUGUUCAGCUGGCUUAUUGCGCUGCCAUCAUCCGGUAUGUAUGUGGGAAGCAUGAAUUUUUUUUAUAA